AACAAGCCAAAAAAAAAAAAAAAAAAAAAAAAUCUCCAUUACCUGUGCGUGUGCAAUGCCAACUUUGGGAAGGUGAAGGUUGCUACUAUAUAAACACAUCGAUUCCCGCGCCGACCAACAUUUUGACGUGAGAACCCUUGACAACGUCAGGAUCAUCGUCCUCAUUGUCUCCGGUUUUAUAUAACACACAUUUUCAAAAACAAAAUGAAGGCAAAAUUGAAAGAGGCAGCUGAAAGAGGAGAUGUCGAUAUGCUUUGGGACCUAAUUAGGGAGGAUCCAAAUCUGUUAGAGAACUUUAAUGGUUUUGUUAACACGCCACUACAUGUAGCAGCAUCAAUGGGAAAGAUAGUUUUUGGCUUGGAGGUAAUGAUGUUGAAGCCAUGUUUUUCUGCCAAGCAAAACCCCGAUGGUUUUACCCCUAUGCAUUUGGCCAUUAGAAAUGGGCAUGCUAGGAUGGCUGAGCUGAUGUUCGAUGGUAACGACAAUCUCAUUCGUAUUCCGGGGAGGGGAGGAGUUACUCCUCUACAUCAUGUUGUUGAAAAAGGAGAUAUUCACCUCUUGAAGAAAUUUUUAUCUCCUAAUCCUCAAUCAAUUGAAGAUGUGACUGUUGGAGGGGACUCUGUUCUUCAUAUCGCCUUAAAGAAUUCUGAGAUUGAAGUUUUCCGUUUCCUUGUUAUAAGACUUAAAACAGCCAUUCAUAAAGAUGCUCAUAUUCAGGAGAAGAAAAUUUUGAACUGGAAAGAUGGUGAAGGCAACACAGUUCUACACAUUGCAGCAGCAAACAAUCAACCCAAAGUGGUUGAAUUCUUAAUCAAUUGUGGAGUUGAAGUGAACUGCAAGAACUUUGCUGGUAUGACUGCACUUGAUAUUGUGGAAUCUGAGGUCCAUGUGGAUCACAAAGAAGUCAGUGAAAUACUACAAGCUGCAUUUUAUAGAAGGACAACAACUCCCUUUGUUUUGGCUGUAGGUAGUGUUGUCAAAACCAUUUCAUAUGGUUAUGUUGCUCUAACACUUUCUUUGGUUUUACUUAUUGUUGCAUAUUUGACUAUUCAGUGGUUUUAGGAAAUAUAUAUGAUGCAAUAUGCAUUAAAUGGAUUGGUACUGUUUUAUGUAAUUUCCCAGGUAGAAAAUAUAUAUUAGGGACUGCUUUGUUUUGUAUCAAAUUUGGGCAUCACUUUGGGAGUUUCUCUCAAAUACUGUUAAAUAUCAGAUUGGUUAUAUCAAAUUCAAAUUAAUAGUUAAGAAACUGCAGACUACACUA